AUGGCUUCCAAGUUCGAUUUGCCACCCCCACUCACUUCUGCCCCCACACAGCUGCCCAAUGAUGCUUCUAACCUCAAGCGCUCUUGGGUAGAAACGGAAAUCCGCGACGCUUGUGAUGAAACUACACUGGCAAACAAGAGGUCGACCCCUUUCAACAUUCCAUCUUCAGUGUUUUUUUCAGUCGACUUGGAGAGCUUCGAAGCUAUUGUGGGUGUUCCUGAUAUCUAUAUCGACAAAACUGGCGACAUUCCUUUGCUCCCUCAAACUUAUCGCGGCCUCUUGGUCCGACCACCAGGUUUCGGAAAGACGAUUUUGCUCUCCACUUUGGCUGCAUACUAUGACCUUUACCCGGAGUGUGAAGAUAGUGUCUGGGAAAACCUCGCGGCUGCCAGAAACGCGCCUGAAGCCUUCGCAGCUCGAGACAGACAUCUAUGUCUGAUAUUCUCAUUGGGCGACAUACUUCCUUGGGGGUCUCCCGUAGAGCGAGCAAUUCGCGCACAUAUUGAACAUGACAUCCUUGACUUUUUCUACAAGUACAAGGCGGAGCUUGGAUUGCGGCAAGACAUUUCGGUGGUCGAGUUCAACCGAUCCUUCGACCGCUCUAAUAUUGCUGGAAUGUUCAGCAAACUAUGGGAGCUCGUCAGAUCUAGUGGCUACAAGCUAUUCGUUGGUGUCGAUGGGUUCGAUGAGCCGUUUCGUUACGCGGCUCUCGGUAGAUAUCGAGAUUUCUACCGCCCUCCCAACGCAGAGCUCCGACGCAACAUCGAGACACUGCUCAACACCGUGCUUUGGUCCAAUCUGCGUGGCGGCAUGGAAGUUAUCACCAAACUUCUUGUGACCGGUGUUAUGAGCGACACCAAGACACUGGAGAAUCUUGCCCCGUUCAACCUCGAGCAGUUGGACGGCCUCAAAUCAUCCUGUGGCUUCACAGAAGAGGAAGCGGCAACUCUUUGCAGGCGAUUCCGCGUUACUGUUCCUUCGUCAUCGGUUUUACAGGCUAAGACUGGUCGUCAUUUGUUUAUGCCGAAUCUACAUUUGCCGCCCCUUCUUGAUCCCCAGCGGGUCUUUGUCCUCAUCAACGAAUUGUUAGGAAAUAGGCCCGCUUGGCUGGGCUUUGAACCUUUUGUUCUUUUACCACCCAUACUAGAAGCUUUGGAGGUGGAAGCUGACGACAACCGCCUGACAAUCAACGCUCUUAUUGACCUUCUUGCCAACGGAAGGAUCGAUCCAAAUAUUUCCGCACCCGUGGACGUAUCAGCGAUUGGACCUCACGCUCUACAUGACCUCGGAAUCUUGACCUAUGAUAAUCAAGGCUUUUUCCGAGUGGCAAAUGCAGACAUUCUGAAGCAGAUACACACGACCAUAAGGAAAACACUCGACGAGCGCUACAAGGUCUACGACGGCUUUCCCCAUGGCCUCGAACCCUUACUGCCGUUCUUCUCCAAGGUCUUGCUGGACCAAACACGUCGAGGAAUUCUGCGGCAAUCAAUGAUCGAGCCGACCAUGCACGGGAUAAUGGAGCUUACACUGGAACAAUUUUUCCAACUUAUCAUCGACCCACUUGUUCUCGUUCCUCCAGAACAAAUUCCGACGCUGACGCUGCGAGGUCUGUGGGCUGCACUGCAUCCAAACGGCGGUGACCCGUCAUUUGAGGCCCUCAGUGCGCUUCAGGAGCAGUUGCAGACCAUGUCAGAUGCGGAAAUUCGGGACAUGUCGUAUCGUGACGAGCAUAACAUCGUUUCACGCGUUGAAGACCAUCUCAAGCAAGCCAAGGAUGGCAUCGAGGCUGUCGUUGCCGUCGGUGGAACCCGCGUCAUGUUGCCUCUGGUGAACAGCGACAGAUGCGAACACUGUGGUCGCAGUGGUCCAGUGGAUGUUUAA